GGCAGGAGAGCCAGACAGGAAGCAUCAGUUUCCUCCAAGCUGCUUCCCUCCUGGGGCACUGGGCCACAAACAAUCCAGCCCCACCCUCCGCCCUCCUGAGCUCACAGCAGCAGAACAAAGUGCUGGGGACAAGGACUGGGCCAGCUCAGCCAUGGGCUGGGUGGGCGCGCACUCCCGUGGGGCACCGGGUGCCUUGGUGCUCCUGCUCCUGUUCUGCCCAGGGGCCCAGUCUCAAGAUACCCCACCACAGAUCUUGGUGCACCCUGAGGACCAGCUGUUCCUGGGACCAGACCCUGUCAGGAUGAACUGCAGAGCCUCAGGCCAGCCCCCACCGACCAUCCACUGGAUGCUGGAUGGGCAGCCCCUGAGCAUGGAGCCCCCGAACUUUCACCACCUCUUGCCCGAUGGAACCCUCCUGCUACUGAGGCCCCCGACCCCGGGACAUGGCGAUUCAGACCCAGGGGUCUACACCUGCGAGGCCAGCAACCGGCUGGGCACAGCCAUUAGUCGGGGUGCACGACUCUAUGUGGCUGUCCUUCACAAGGAUUUCCGGGUGCAGCCUCGUGACACAGUGGCCACCGUGGGAGAGAAGAUGACUCUGGAGUGUGGAGCCCCCUGGGGUCGCCCUGAGCCCACUGUCUCAUGGUGGAAGGAUGGGAAGCUCCUGGCACUGCAGCCUGGGCGCCACACGAUGGUCGGAGGUUCCCUACAGGUGUCGAGAGUUGAGAAGGGCGACGCCGGCACCUACCUGUGCGUCGCUACCAACAGGGCUGGUCGGCGGGACAGCCGGGCCGCCAGGGUAUUUGUGCAGGACCCAAAGGACUCUGAGAAACCCCUGAAGCUUCUGGCCGUGCGCAUCCAGCUGGAGAAUGUGACGCUCCUAAACCCCAAGCCUGAUGGAGGCAGCUCACAGGGGCCUGUCGUGUGGCUCAGCUGGAAGGUGAGUGGCCCUGCAGCCCCUGCACAGUCCUACACAGCUCUGUUCAGAGCUCAGGGGGCACCAUGGGCAGAGGCGCUGCUGGCCGGGCAGCACAGUGCAGAGCUUCGGGGUCUCCGGUGGGGCCAGGACUACGAGUUCAAGGUAAAGCCAUCCUCGGGUCGUGCCCAAGGCCCCGACAGCAACGUUUUGCUCCUGAGGCUGCCAGAACAAGUGCCCAGUGCUCCUCCUCAGGAAGUGACGCUCAAGGCUGGCAAUGCCAGUGUCUUCGUGAGCUGGGCACCACCCGCUGCCGAAAACCACAAUGGCAUCAUCCGAGGCUACCAGGUCUGGAGCCUGGGAAAUGCCUCAGUGGCCCCUGCCAACUGGACAGUGGCGGGCGAACAGACCGAGCUGGAGAUAGCCCCACGAGUACCAGGCUCCUACUGCGUGCAGGUGGCUGCGGUGACGGGUGCGGGGCCCGGGGAACCCAGCAGUCCUGCCUGCAUCUUUCUAGAGCAGCCCGUGGAGCAAGCAGCCCGAGAGCCAGGGGACAGCGCACCGUGGACCCUGGGCAAGCUGAGGACGGUCCUGGCCCGGCCGGAGGUCAUUGCAAGUGCAGUUGUGGGGCUCUGGCUGCUGCUGCUGGCAGCUGCUGUGUGUAUCCACCGGCGGCGCCAAGCUGGGGUGCACCUGGGCCCAGGUCUAUACAGGUAUACCAGUGAGGACGCCAUUCUCAAGCACAGGAUGGACCACAGCGACUCUCCAUGGCUGGCGGAUACGUGGCGUUCCACAUCUGGAUCUAGAGAUCUCAGCAGCACCAGCAGCCUGAGCAGCCGGCUGGGAGGGGACCCCCGGGAUGCUCUAGAUGGGCGUCACUCGUUGAUCUCCUGGGACCCCCGAAGCCCUGGGGUGCCCCUGCUUCCCGACACCAGUACUUUCUAUGGCUCCCUCAUCGCUGAGCCGCUCUCCAGCCCCCCAGCUCGGCCCAGCCCCCAGACCCCAGCUUCCAGGCGUCUCCCACCCCAGCAGGCCCGGGUCUCCGGCCCCUGGCCCAGUUCUGACAGCCUCUGCAGCCGCAGGGGCCUCAACUCCCCACGCCCGUCCCUGGCUCCCACCCAGGUUUGGAAGGCCAAGAAGAAGCAGGAGCUCCAGCAGGUCCACAGCUCCCCACUUCUCCGUGGUAGCCGCUCUGUGGAGCUGUGGGCAUGGGAGCAGGGGAGCGGAGGCACCAAGAACCUUUGCCAGAGUCCAGGUGCUGUCCCCCGAACCCUGGUGGCCUGGCGGGUGCUGGGCCCUCAGCUCCUCAGCAGCUCCAAGGAGCUGGCCACGCGGCCCCUCCCACCAACACCCCUUUCGCUCCGGGGAAUGGCCCCUCGGAGUACACAGCCUGGGCACCUGCUGGAAACUCAAACUCCCUCUUGCCCUGACCUGAUCCCUGAGGAUCUCCCCCGUCCCCCCAGCCCUCAGGCGUCCUCACUCUUGGGACCCAGCCCAGCCUCCAGCCGUCUGUCCAGCUCUUCACUGUCCUCCCUGGAGCAGGACCAGGACAGCGUGCUGACCCCUGAGGAGGUGGCACUGUGCCUGGAGCUCAGUGAGGGCGAAGAGACUCCCAGGAACAGCACAUCUCCUAUGCCCCGGCCACCUUCUCCGCCCAGCACCUAUGGCUACAUCAGCCUGCCCCCAGCCUCCGGGCUGGCUGAUGUGGGCCGAGUGGGAGGAGAGGUGGGGUCGCAGGGGACUAGCUUGCUGUGCACCCCUCGGCCCUGCCCCACCCCCACCCCCAGCGAGGGCUCCCUGGCCAAUGGCUGGGGUUCAGCGUCCGAGGACAAUGCACCCAGCGCCAGGGCCAGUCUUGUCAGCUCCUCUGAUGGCUCAUUCCUGGCUGAUGCCCACUUUGCCCGGGCCCUGGCCGUAGCCGUGGACAGCUUUGGACUGGGCCUGGAGCCCAGGGAGACAGACUGCGUCUUCACAGAUGCCUCAUCGCCCCCAUCUCCUCGAGAGGCCCUGUCCCUACCCCUGUGGGAAUGGCGGGCAGACUGGCUGGAGGGUCUGGAUAGCAGCUAUACACAGCAGCUGGCAGGGGGGCUGCCGCCUUGGCCCCCCGAUGUGCCGCUUUCCAUGCAAAGUCAGCUCAGCCACCCAGCAUCCAAGGCCUCAGGUGAGUCUCUGCUGGCCAGGGAACAAGGUGAGGGAAGACAAGGUAACCCACGGCCCUGAAGGCUCCCUCUGAGGCCUGUGAGAGACAGUGAGACUCAACCACCUCUGGGUGCCUGCAGGGUUGGGGACCCCUCUGGUGCCCUCCAGGAGCCUUUUCCCUCCAGCGCUGUGAAGCCAAAUGACAGGGCCCCACCAGCAACAAGGCCGCCGCAUCUGCCUGCUGCUCCCUGCCCUGGCUUCCCCUCUGCCCUGGAUCUUCACGAAACCCUGGGAUGCUGCCUCUGGACCACUAUUUCUCCUGGCCCACUUGGACUACAGGAAGUGGGGCCGGCAGUCUUUGGACACACUGAUAUAGAAAUGGAGCUUCUAGAAUCUUCCUCCUGCACCUUCCCAAAAGGUUCAACUCCAGCCUCUCUCCAGUGCCCAUGAUGGAAGGAAAUGAAGGAAGAAAACCAAGGAAUGAUGAUGGCCCUCAGCUCCAGGACAAGGGUUCUCGAGGGACUGUGGGAGGGGUAACAAGUGGGUCAGGACACCCCCCUACCCACACACUGUCCCUGAGCUUCGGGAAUUGAUGCCCUGAACCAACUAA